AUGGAGCGUAGAAGCCUUCCAAGAGAUUUGAUAGAGGAUAUACUAUCUAGGGUUCAGGUUAAAUCUCUAGCACGAUUGCGAUCAACAUCGAAACAAUGGAACGCUCUAUUGAAAUCUAAUGGCUUUGCUAAGAUACACUCUGCUAAUGCACCAAAGGAGGAGUCUCUGAAUAUCAUGUUGAUGGAUUCUAGGGUUUGUUUAGUAAGGAUCAAAUACCGUGGAAUUCACGACAACAAGGUUGCUCCAUCUUUUAAGGUAGUAGCUCAAUUCUACCUUAAAGAUCCACUCUCUAGUUCUUCACAAGUCGAUAUAGGUAAUAUCUUUCAUUGCGACGGCUUAUUGCUAUGCACCACCAAAGAUAAAAGACUUGUGGUUUGGAAUCCAUGUUCAGGGUUAACCAAGUGGGUUAAACCUAGAGACAGCUACAAGGAAUCCGACUACUAUGCUCUUGGUUAUGACAACAAAUCUUCGUGCAAGCAAUACAAAAUCUUGAGGGUGGAUCGUCGUGAGUACGGUCGUCAUAACAGCUACGAGAUUUAUGACUUCACCUCUAAUUCGUGGAGAGUUCUUGGUGUGGCUUCUGAUUGGGUUUUAAAAGAGCAUCGAAGUGGCAUAUCCGUGAAGGGAAUUACAUAUUGGGUUGCUACUCAACGAAGGAGGCCAUACGCUGAUUUCUUACUUAGUUUUGAUUAUUCAAAAGAGAUGUUUCAAAGUCUGUCUCUUCCUUAUCCUUUUCGAUAUAGAAUACCGGUUCUAUCAGUGGUUCGAGAAGAGGAACUUUGUCUGUUAGGUACUAAUGUCAUUCACGGGCGUUUGAUGGUUGGGGAGGCAUAUCCAUCAAAUAUACAAGUAUGGGUAUUGACUAGUACCGGAUCAUGGAACAAGUCCCUAGCAGUGAGACCCAUUCACUAUCAGGGAUAUCUAUAUAAUUUUCAGGGAUAUCCAUUUAAUUUUUCUGAAAGGAUGAGUUUCUUGGUAGACGAGCAGAACAAAGUUGUCGUGGUUUGCGCCAACAACAUCUUAGACAUUGUGCAAGAAAAUAAAAACAUACUAGAGUAUCAUCAUGCUGUAAAUUCUACAGGCACACCAUCAUCUUGCUCACUUCUUCUGAAUUAUGUUCUAAGUUUGGCUCACAUCAAACAACCUUCUCUUAGAGAACUUUUCAUGCUGGAGGACGCACAGGGCAAGUGA